AAACAUUACAGAAGAAGAAGAAGCAGCAGAAGCAGCAGAAGAAGAAGAAGACCUGUAAUUUACUUAUUUAAAGCAUUCCAUUUCCUGGUUGCAAUGCAUAGUCUGUGGACUUUUUGUUUGGCCAGGGCCGCCAUGGUUCCAAAUACUUUACUUUUCACACGCAAUUUAAGCGUUAGAAAAUGCUGCGAACGUUACCAGUGGACAGGUGCUUUGAGACCGGCAGCAGGAUCGACUAGCAUAAAAACAUACAGCCAGAAAGCAUGUAAAACUACUGAACUUGGACAGUUUGUUUGUUAUCAUCUUCCACACAGGACGUUAUUGAAAGUUCAAGGCCAAGAUACACGAUCAUUUCUUCAAGGGAUUGUAACCAAUGACAUGGAGCUCUUAGAAGAGGACCGUAAGGUUUUGUAUGCGCACAUGUUGAACGUUAAAGGAAGGACACUCUAUGACAUAAUCAUGUACAGGUUAAAUGAUGCAGAAGCGGAUUGUGGUGUUCUGGUCGAAUGUGACACCACAUUAAAGGACUCAAUUUUGAAUCAUUUAAAGGUGUACAAAAUUCGCCGUCAGGUGAAUGUUAGCCCCUGUCCUGAGCUUGCUCUAUGGGCUGUGUUGCCUCAGGGAAUAGCUCCAGGUCAAAAGAGGCUGAAGCCAGAUCUCACUGCUCCAGAAAAAGCUGUUAUGUGGGAGGAAGAUCCAAGAACUGACACCAUGGGCUGGAGGUUGGUAGUGGACAACAAAAUCCAUCCUCUGGAAAUUAUUCCAUUGUGUCAGCAGGGUGACACAGAAGAUUACCACAAGCACCGCUAUGCAAUAGGACUUCCUGAGGGGGUAAAGGAUCUUCCUCCUGGGGUGGCGCUUCCCCUGGAGUCCAACCUGGUCUACAUGCAGGGCAUCAGCUUUAGCAAGGGCUGCUACAUCGGCCAGGAGCUAACAGCCAGGACGCAUUACACAGGAGUGGUACGGAAGCGUCUGAUGCCCAUACGCAUGUCAGCACCAGCCAGAGGCCUGGAGGAAGGAGUGACGCUACAGACACAGUCUGGCAAGCCAGCCGGAAACCACAGGGCUGGAGUUGGAGAACUGGGUCUGAGCCUCGUCCGCCUUGCUCACAUUAAAGAACCACUAACACUCAAGGAUUCUGAGGACACCACCGUGACUUUGGAAGCCUACGUGCCAGACUGGUGGCCCAAAGACUUUAAAGCCAAAUGAAUAUUUGAGGGAGGUGGAUUUAUUGAACCCGGCAAUGACACGCACACAUUAAAAGGAGCCAAAUGAAAUCUUCAGGGUCUGUAUAAUUAAUCUUAUUCCAAACCACCUAGCACAGUAUUUCACUGGCAUCAGUACAAACCAUGUCUAUGAUAUAAAGAGUUUUACUUUGUUUACAGUAUUAAACUUUCAGAUUUUCAGAAACUGUAAUUUGCUUUAUUUCUUGACACUAAUGUGCCAGUUGUGCACCACAGGUUGCUAACAAUUUUCAGAAAUCACUUGUAUGUAUCGGGUGAAAUAAAUGUAAAAGGACACAA